AUGGGUAAAUCAAAAAAUGUUACCUUCAAGCAGCCCGAAUCCUCUGAUUCUAACGUUCAUAGAUAUGAAGUAUACGAACCAGUGAAGGAAAUAAAAGAUAAAUGGAAGAUUCUCCCAUGCUAUAUGGGAAUGAGAGGGAUAGCGCGACAACACAUAAACUCAUAUAACAAUUUUGUUCUACACGAAAUCAAGGAUAUCAUUAACGCACCCAGCAAUAAAGUAUUGAGGACGGAAUUAUACCCGAGCCUAUCAUUGGAAUUUGUUGAUAUUAAAAUAGGAAAACCAUUUUUCACAGAUCAUUCAAAGCAUGUCUUCAAGCUUACACCUCAACUGUGUAGAAUACGUGAUUUUACAUACAGCGCACCAAUAUUAGUUACAAUUGAUUAUUUUAGAGAUUACACAUUCACACGGAAGGAAAAUUUAGAGAUUGGAAGGAUACCAGUUAUGCUGCGUAGCUGUAUAUGUUUUCUGAGUAGUGAUUCAGAGUCACAAUCAGACGAGGAUUCCUUGGGGUCUUCUGAAUACAACCACCCUAAAAAAUCAACUAAAAACAAUUUUGAUAUUCCUGAUGGCUUGAGUAAGGAGGAUAGAGAAUCUUUCUACAAAUCGUAUAUGCUAGACGAGUGCCCAUAUGAUCCAGGCGGUUACUUUAUAAUAAAGGGAGUUGAGAAGGUUAUCUUAAUGCAAGAACAACUUUCUAAGAGUAGGAUAAUAGUCGAAAUGGACGUAAAGAAGAAUAUCUGCGCAACAGUGACGUCUGCAACGGCAGAGUCAAAAAGCAGAACCGCUGUGGUUUACAAAAACUCACAACUGUAUUUAAGGAUUAACAGCUUUACAGAUGAUGUACCACUGUGUAUAGUCUUCAAAGCGAUGGGAAUUGAAACAGAUCAUGAAAUAAUACAGUUGAUAUCAAACAGCUCAACUAAUUUUAAAAAAUCAAAAAAAUCAAAUCAGAGCUCAAACCUACCAAACGGAUUUGAUUAUAUUACAUUCCUGAAUGACCUGUAUAACGAGAACAUUAAUACUAGACUAGAUGCCCUAAUGUACAUAGGGAAGAAAAUAAGACCGAGAAUAUUGGGGAAAGGAUUUUUUAGCAGUAACAAGGAUAGGGCACCGAAAAGUAAGCAAAUGAUAAUUGAAGACACACACGAUAUAUUAAGUAGAGUGUUGCUCAGCCACAUUCCGAUGAGAGAUUGUAGAGAUUUCUCAGGCAAGAUUAAGACUUUGUCGCUAAUGGCACACAGAGUACUAAAUGUAGUAAAUAACGUAGAACCCCUGGAUGACAAGGAUCAUUAUGGGAAUAAAAGGUUGGAACUGGCGGGUCAGAUGAUUUCCAUACUUUUCGAGGAUUUUUAUAAAAAAUUCCUAAAUAACAUGAAAAAAUCAAUAGAAAGUAUCAUAGUCAAAUAUCUAGAGUCGAAUCCAAACCCAACGAAGGGAGAAAAUAGUAAUUUCCCAGAUAUAUUCGGUUUAAUGCCCACCGACAUUAUCACCAACGGAAUGCAAAAUGCAAUAGCAACAGGAAAUUGGAACAUUAAAAGGUUCAGAAUGGAAAAGACAGGAGUGUCCCAAGUUCUGUCAAGAUUAUCAUACAUAUCCUCAAUAGGAAUGAUGACAAAAACUGAUUCACAAUUUGAAAAGGGAAGAAAAGUAAGUGGACCAAGAGCAUUACAGCCAAGCCAAUUUGGAAUUCUAUGUCCAUGUGAUACUCCAGAAGGUGAAUCAUGCGGACUGGUAAAAAAUCUAAGUUUAAUGACACACGUGACAUCAGAUGUGCCAACCCCCGUGUUAGAAACUCUUUUGUUUACACUGGGAGUGGAACCAAUUGAUACACUAUCGAGCCAUGAUAUGUUUAACCCAUGGAAAGGAACUUCUGGAAAGUCAGAUAAUCGAAGAAAUUCCAGACUGGUGCUUCUAAAUGGGAUAUUGUUGGGGAUACACAGGAACGCAAACUUUUUGAUCAGUAGUAUAAUUAAACUUAGGAGAAAAGGCCUUAUCAACAUGUUCGUAUCAGUGUAUGAAAACUCACAACAAAAUCAAGUCCACAUAUCUUCUGAUGGAGGAAGACUAUGUCGGCCGCUGAUAGUAGUACAAAAUUCAGUGCCUAAAUUGACAGAUGAGCUGGUCCAACAACUAGUAGAAAAUAAAAUCAAAAUUGACUACUUGUUUAAUAAUGGAAUUUUGGAGUGGAUAGACGUUAACGAGGAGAAUAAUUUACUGAUAGUGAUGAGAGAAAGAGAUAUUACCAACCUGACAACGCACCUGGAAAUCAGUCCGAUGAGCAUAUUAGGAGUCGUGGCAGGUUUGAUACCGUUCCCGAACCAUAACCAGAGCCCAAGAAACACAUACCAAUGUGCCAUGGGAAAACAAAGUAUAGGUUCAAUAGGAUAUAACCAGUUACAAAGAUGUGAUACUGUGGUCCAUCUCAUGAACUAUACACAGCAACCACUGGUGACAACAAAGACAAUACAGCUGGUUAAUUUUGAUAAGCUUCCAGCAGGACAAAAUGCAAUAGUGGCGGUGAUGAGUUACCAAGGAUAUGAAAUUGAAGAUGCAAUCAUAUUAAACAAAGCAUCAAUAGACAGAGGAUUUGCAAGGUGUUAUACCCUGAGAAGGCUAACAUGUGAAAUCACCCCAGGUAAUGCUACAAGUAUUAAUGGCUACAACCCAAAUAAGUCACAAAAUAAAGACUCAGAUUCCACUAAUGAGUAUGUAAUUGGAGUUGGAGAACCAGUAAAACCAGGACAGGUCUUAAUUUCAACCAAAGCACCACCAACAGAUUUCACAACCAAUGGAUCUAUGAAUGGGAAGAAUGGAGAAAGUAAUCAGAGUUCAGGAACUAACGAGGAUAAGUAUAUAGUUAACAAGUAUGACCUGAACACAGGAGGAUAUAUUGAUAGGUUAAUCCUAACUGAAAAUUUCAACGGAAAUACAAUGUACAAGAUCAUGGUACGCCAAAGCAGACCGCCAGAAAUAGGAGACAAAUUUAGUAGCAGGCACGGACAGAAGGGAGUAGUGGGUUUAAUAGCCGAGCACGAAGAUAUGCCAUUCACAGAGUCUGGAAUAGUACCAGACCUCAUUAUGAACCCACACGGCUUCCCUUCAAGAAUGACGGUGGGAAAGCUGCUUGAACUGGUUGCCUCAAAAUCGUCAGUGUUUUCAGGAAAUUUUGUAGACUCAACUCCGUUUUCAAACUCAUACUCAGACAACUUAUGCAAUGACUUGAAUAAUACUAAAACAGAUAACAUGAGCGAUAUAUGUAAUAUUUUAAUUAAGAACGGCUUUCAUCCCAAAGGAAAGGAGAUUUUAUACUCAGGAAUUUCCGGGAAUCCAAUUAACACACUCAUAUUCAUUGGACCUAUUUAUUAUCAAAGGCUGAAACACAUGGUCACAGACAAGAUUCACGCCAGAGGCAGAGGACCAAGGCAGCCAAUAACAAGACAACCGACAGAAGGAAGAUCGAGAGAUGGAGGUCUGAGGUUAGGAGAAAUGGAAAGGGACUGUCUGAUAGCCUACGGCUCGUCAAAUCUUCUCAUCGAGAGAUUGAUGUUAUCGUCUGACGUUUUCAACAUAGAAAUUUGCACUUCCUGCGGAUUCAUGGGCUACAAUAACUUCUGCAAGUUCUGCCAAAACAACUCUCUGGCUCAAGUCUCGCUCCCGUAUGCCUGUAAAUUACUUUUCCAGGAACUUCAAGCGAUGAACAUCAGACCAUCGCUGAUAGUAAAAAAACAUUAA